GUGUGACCUGUGGUUGCUCCAUAAAUAAUUGGAUUUAAGAAUUAAGAAUCAUAUACACACACAGACUACAUGUGAUGAUUGGUGAAACUAAUUAUGAUUAACGCAACCAACUAAAUUAGUGAGCUACACAGGCUACGUAGCCGGAGGUUGCACAUGGGUGCAAGCUCAACUCUAUUAAUGGUCUCACAUGGCCUCUGUCUCUCUUCUCUUUGUCACACUACUCUCUGUCACGCUUUAUAUAAAUAUCAAAAGUUUCAUUCUUUGGGAUCAAUCUCAAACCUUUCUUCCCUCUCUCUCUGACUCUGUUCUGAUGGAUCGUCGAUUCCCAUUUAAGGUUCUCGAGCAUAUCUUCUCCUUCGUUGAUUCUAACGAGGACCGGAACUCUGUUUCUCUGGUCUGCAAGUCAUGGUUCGAGACAGAGAGGCGAACUAGGAAACGUGUCUUUGUCGGAAACUGUUACGCGGUUAGUCCUCUGAAGGUUGCACGGCGGUUCCCAAAGAUGAGGUCUCUGACUCUGAAAGGGAAGCCACACUUCGCCGACUACAACUUGGUUCCUGACGGUUGGGGUGGCUAUGCUUGGCCGUGGAUUGAAGCUAUGGCGGCGAGAAGACCGUUGCUUGAAGAGAUCAGGUUGAAGAGAAUGGUGGUGACUGAUGAGUGCUUGGAGAAGAUCGCUGCUUCGUUUAGAGACUUUAAAUCCCUUGUCUUGACUUCUUGUGAGGGUUUCUCCACUGAUGGUAUUGCAGCCAUUGCAUCAACUUGCAGAAAACUGAGAAACCUGGAACUGCGAGAGUGCAUAGUCGAUGACCUAGGAGGAGACUGGCUUAGCUACUUCCCUGAAACUUCGACUUCUCUUGUCUCUCUAGACUUCUCUUGUUUAGACUCAGAGGUUAAACUCUCGGACUUGGAGCGUCUCCUGAGCAGGUCUCCAAACCUCAAGUCUCUAAAGCUGAACCGGUCCGUGACACUAGACGUUCUCGAGAGCUUGCUUCGUCGAGCUCCGCAGCUGGUUGAGCUUGGCACAGGAUCUUUCUCAGAUGAGCUGGAUCCAGAAGAGAUUUCAAAGUUAACAAAAGCUUUGUCAGAGUUGAAACAACUUAAGAGCUUAUCUGGUCUUUGGGAUCUCCUCCCUGAGUAUAUUCCAGUUCUUUACUCUGUUUGUCCUCGUCUUACUUCGUUGAACUUGAGCUAUGCUACUGUCCAAAUGCCUGACCUUAUCGAUCUUCUUAGUCGAUGCUCGAAAUUGCAGAAGCUAUGGGUAAUGGACUUGAUAGAGGACAAAGGUCUCAAAACCGUUGCCUUGUGCUGCAAGGAACUGCGGGAACUAAGGGUGUUCCCAUCAGGAGCAGAUCUAGAUGAAACAGACGUGACUCUCACGGAACAAGGUCUGGUCUCUGUGUCUGAGGGCUGUCAAAAGCUUGAGUCUGUUCUCUACUUCUGCGUCCAGUUUACAAACGCAGCUUUGGUUUCCAUUGCAAAGAACCGUCCAAAUUUCAGAUGCUUCCGUCUCUGCGUGAUGGAGCCGUUUGCUCCUGACUACAGAACACAGCAGCCACUUGACGAAGGAUUCAAAGCCAUAGUUGAGAGAUGCAAGGAUCUUCGAAGACUCUCUGUCUCUGGUCUCCUCACUGACAAGGCCUUUGAAUACAUUGGAGUACACGCCAAGAAGCUAAGGAUGCUGUCGAUAGCAUUUGCUGGAGACAGUGAUUUGAUGCUACACCACUUGUUGUCUGGAUGUGAGAGUUUAAAGAAGCUGGAGAUAAGAGAUUGCCCCUUUGGAGACACUGCGCUGCUCGAGAACGCCGCUAAACUUGAAACCAUGCGAUCCCUUUGGAUGUCUUCUUGCUUUGUGAGUUUUGGUGCUUGCAAGCAAUUGAGUCAAAAGAUGCCAAGGCUAAAUGUUGAAGUCAUUGAUGAGCAUCCUCCAAAGACAAGACCUGAUAGCUCUCCUGUUGAGAGGAUAUACAUAUAUAGAACAGUCGCUGGACCGAGGUUGGAUACGCCUGAGUUUGUGUGGACAAUACACAAGAAACCUGAGGUUGGAGUUUCACGUUUAGCUAUACGGUGAAGUUGCUGCUUCAGUAUUAUGCUCUUUCAUAUCGACUUUUUGCAGAAAAAUGUUGUGGGAGAUUCGUCUUCCAUAUAUGUUCGUUUUUUCUUUCAUAUUGUUUUUUCACUAAGAGUGUUAGAAUCAUUUCAUUAGUUUUGUACUCUGUUAAACAAAAGCUUUUGUUGUCUUUGUACUAAAAGUGUCUGGAAUAAGAGAAACUCUCACUUUGUGAGAUUUAUAUA